CGGAUGGACUCGGACCUGUUGCUGCACCCGGAGCUGCUGUCGCAGGAGUUCCUGCGGCUCACCCUGGAGCAGAUGAGCUAACAAGGGCUGUGAUCCUGCUGUUGGGUCCAUGCAGGUACAUCCUUAUACCUGCGUGGAGUCUCACGAAUGUAUGUAUUGAUCUGCAAUGUUGUGUAAAUCACCUAUUUCAUUACUUGUUUAAAAUGUUAGUUAUGCUAAAUUAACUGUUGAAAAAAUGAAGUGCCAUUAAAGUUAUUUGUGUUUGAAAGUUUCUCCUGUUAAUAGUGGCUAUGUUCCUUUUCCCACAGAAGAACAUACUGGUUGAAAAUAAUGCAAAGCUCGACAAAGAUGGCCUCACUAAUCUCUAUGUUCAACAUGCCAUACCAUUGCCUCAGCGGGACUUACCCAAAAGUAGAUGGGGGAAAAUGAUGGAAAAGAAAAGGGAGCUAAAUGAAACAAAAAAUGAGAGUAAAAGUGUUACAACUGUGGAAGGCUUACGGAAACGGCCACUAAUUGUAUUUGAUGGCAGUUCAACAAGUACAAGUAUAAAAGUGAAAAAGACAGAAAACGGAGCUACUGAUCGCCUAAAACCUCCUCCAGCUGGAAUCACAGCCGAUACUUUUAGGAGAUUAUCUGUUCCUUCAAACGCCUCAACACACAUUUCAGCCUCCAGUUUAUCACAGGAGGCUAAACUGGAAACUAGGAAGAAUGAGGCUAAACAGAACAGUGUUCCAGUGACUAAUAGCGUAUUGGCUAAUCUGAAGGUGCCACCUUUGACCCCUGUAGCAGGAGCUGCUGUUGUGAAAUUAAAGAGAGCAGCUCCAAAAGAAGAAUCUGAAUCAGCGAAUGACCUAAAACCUACAGAAGCAAAGAAGAAAAUCCAGCAUGUAACAUGGCCAUGAAUUAGUGGGGGUCCUGGAAAUGUAAAUAUAUCAUUCCUGUAGUUCAGAACAGUUGAAGUACAUUUCUCUUUAAAGUAUACAGGGAUUCACAUUGUUGUGGAGUUUUCUUAAAUUUGAAAGUUCCCUAAUAUAAAGCUGGAAUCAUAGUCUCACCAAUCACCUUAAAAGUGUCUACCUUCUUGCAUUGAGACCCUUCCAAAGGUGGUGUUCUUACAAGAUACUAAAACCUGCUUUUGAAUUUUCAAGUAUACUGUAGUUCAUCUCCUGUGUGUCUCUACAAAACACCUUUGUGGGCUUCAAAAAUGUUCAUAUUUUAUGCUAUACAGCUAAAUUCAGUUUAGUAGGUCGUGUCCUGGCUAAAUACCCAACACAAUUCUUGAAGUUCCAGGUGGUAUGAAAGAUUGUGCAUCCAAACCCUGUUUGGGUUUCAGAAUCUAGUUAAACAAUAUAGUAUAAAAUCAUCCCAUUGAUAGAUUUUAUUCUAGAGAAAAAAAUAUUUUUGUUAUACAGAACAAAACUACAGACUUGUAUUUGUAUUUAAAAUACAGGUUAAGUUAGUAAUAACACAUGAACUAUAUAACAUUCUUGCUUCAAAUUGAAGCUUCUAUAGUCAUUUGAGAUAAAAAAAAAUGCACAUGGAAGCACAUUAUUAGAAUCUAUAUUCAGUAUGAAUCUGAGGAAAAAUAAUAAAUGGAUUAGUGCAAUGUUCUUAUACACACAUCUGUAUGCGUGUGUGCAACAAGUUUCUUUUGUUAUCCCAAUUAUAAUAAUGCUUGUUAAAAUAAAGUGGGAAAUCCUAGAAUGUGGGCCAACACUCUCCUCUCAUCAACAUGUAAAGAAGCAACAAUCACUGCACUGAGUUAGAAUAGUAUACUCUUAACAAUGUCUAGCCUCUUUCCUACCUGUGACAGUUUUAAAAUAAGAUUGUUGGUUUUUCUUUGAAUCCCAGUGGAUUUCAUUUGGAUUAUUACUUGUGUGGUGUAACACACUGGAUCUGGUCCUAUGUCCAUUAAAAUCAAUGGCAAAACUAUUGAUUUUGGUGGUUAAGUGGACCUGAUCCUGCACCUACUUUGGGUGUAUAUGGUAAAUAGUAAAGCUUCUAUAUGCAAAAACUAAUAUGAAAUCUGUAUUCCUCCCAUAUGAAAGCCUGUCACCACUGAAUUUAAACAUGAAGGAAAUCCUUUUUCUGGCUUUGAGCCAGUUGAAAAUGCUGUCAGCAGCGAUCUGAAAGCUUACUUAGAAUUUUUUUAAAUGUAUAUGUAUUGAAAAUAUGAACAGUAGUCUACGUCGGAUAUGGCUGAGACAGGAGUUUCCCAUGCAUUAUUGUGGAAUCAAAGGCACUUCUGAAUGCUGUAAAAUAGUAAGAAUGAUGUGUGUUUUUUUUUUUUUUAAAUAUUGUGUGCUCGUCUCCUUUUACUAAACACUAAAACCUGUGUGCAGGUUUUACACUUCAGUACAGAAAAGUUUCACAUGUUAAUGUACAUUUUGUAUGUAAAGAGUGGUCUUUUAAGUAGUUUUAUCCUAUUUAAAUAAACUGAAUUAAAAGUAA